GAGCGAUAGAGCAGUUUGCGCUGGUGUGGAUGUUCUUAAUGACAGCUACGAGUUUAUGCAGUAGCAAUGUAUAUAUAUCAGACAGUCGGCGUUUUAAAAGUUACAACAAAGUAAGAAAAAAACGUGCAAUGCAGUUAAUACAGCAACGUUGCUGCUGACUUUAUAAAGAUGUGCUCUCGAGUGCUGCACGGUUGACGCGACACGAGAGCUGACGCUCAAACUGUUGUUGCGUGUUUUAUGUCGAUCUGAGCUGUAGUGCCCGAGCUCAGCUCAAUUAAGACGAUCUAUAACGCUUUUAUGUAACGUCAAUAUCAGUGAAGGGUGUUCCCUGAAAAUAUGUUAAUCAGACGCAUGAUCUGGUUCUGUUUCUGAAGGCUGUCUUCAUAAGCUGAGAUGUCAAUACAAUGAACUGAUAUUUAGAAGUUUAAUGCGAUUUAUAUCAUUUUAGAUGAUAAAAUACUUCCUUUCCACAUUUAAUAAACAGAGACAUCUGCAUUAUUAUUAAAACAGCAUGUAGAUCAUUCAUAGAUUAAAAUAUAAAUUUUUCAUUUCUCUUUGGAGUGUUACAAGCUCUUGGUAGUACAUGAAGAAGAUCUGUAAAGUUGCAAAGACUAAAGUCUCAAAUCCAAAGAUAUAAUCUUUAUUAAAGUUAAGACUCUGCCACGCCCCCCCUAAAAUGGCUAAUUUAACCCCCCCCCCCCCCCUCCAUGUUCAUGACACUAUGUGGAAAUAUUUGCUAAUACAGCCCAAAUGUUCAUGCAAAGAAAGAAGAUGUGGUUUCAGUAAGUGCAGUUAGUGUUGGAGCAGCCAUGACAUCCCUUUGCUGUGUGUAUCUAUGCAAAUACAAAAUCAUUUUAUUUGGUCUUCCGAAAGUAGAUGCAUUUAGGAAUCUUUAAGAUUACUUACAACAGAACUGCAACGCAUUUUAUGGACGACUGUUUUGUGAACCUAGGAGAGGAGGUAAUUCUGACUUUGCUACAAAAUUCUGUAACUUCUGAAUCAGCUAAUAUGGCAGGUGAGAGAAACCCUGCGUCAUGUUACCUGGAUGAAAGGACCUUUCGGCUUUGCUGUCAGCUCUUUCUCCAGCACUCUGAGACCAUCCAGGACGGCUGGAGCUGGGAGCAGAUCAAGGGCACUGAUGAAGGCUUCAUGAAGAAGACUGUUAUCAUGCCUGUAAAACCAAGCGUUUUGCACAAACAACAUGAGUAUUCCAUACAGGAUGAAAACAUGGUGACAGAUGAUAUCCAGGCAAACGUUGAGGAUGAAACGGCUGGAGUUCAGGCAGUAUGUGAAAUUCACGCUGUGCUGCGCUAUGAAUACCACGUUCUGUAUUCUUGCAGCUAUCAGAUCCCCGUCCUCUAUUUCAGAGCCUCCACGUUAGAUGGGCGACCCCUGUCUCUCGAGGAGGUGUGGAGCAAUGUUCAUCCGAACUAUAGACAGAGACUACAGCAGGGACCCUGGGACACACUGACCCAACAGGGGCGGGGAGCUUAGAUGGGGGGGGGGUCCCGUUCCCCCCUGGGAUUUACGCCUAUGGUACCACUGAUGCUAACAGUGAGGUCUCGUCGAGGGAAUUUGAAAAGUCAGCACGUCUUCAGUGCUUGAACGGUAACAGAGUAAUGCAUCCAGACAGUUGAUGUUGUGAAUUUUUAUGCAGAUGGUGACAGUGCAUUGAGGUUGUUUUUAUUUGCAGAGUAGAGGAGAUUUUUUAUUAUUUUUUAUUUUUUUUUGAGGUUUUGGAUAACUGGAUUAAAACGGUGCUUACUGACAGCAAAGUUUUUGUCGAAAGUGGUGCCAUUGGACCUUGCAGUCUUCCUCCAGCCACUUCAAUUAAAACACUCAUCUAUGAAUACUCAACACUUAAAAUCAUGUAUGUAUUACAUAGAUUUAUCACUUAUGAACCCGAAAAGAGGAAAUAUUCAUGCAUUUUGCAUUUUUACUGUUUUUCUUUCGGUUCAAACUGUGUGCUCAAUAUAUCUUUAAUUAUUCUCAGUACCUGAGAGUUCAGAUGACUGGAUACUUGUUGCUGUAUGGUCUGUGAUGUCUUUUCCAAAUGUACCUAUUGUAAUGUAACAGUUUUGUAGAUAUUAUUCAUUUCUGUGCAUUUCUGGAGUAAAACCCUUUUUGGUUAUUUCACUUAGACUGUCAGACAGUUUUGGAAUCAUAAAAAUUACUUUCUCUCCUGGAGUGAACCUGGAGUGUUGUGUUCCUUGUCUGUGUUUGUGUAGCCAGUAUUCAUGCAGAAAGGAACUCUUUUUGUGGAAACUUUUAAGCAUUUUGCGUAAGGGGAACUUUAACUUACCGCAAUAGGAAACUGGAAAUAUUUGUUUCAGCAAUAUGGACUAUGUUUAUUUAAACGAGAUAUUAUCACAGAUACACCUCGUGUCUUUACUGUAGGCGUCUUUUUAGGGGCUUUUGAUAAUUGCUGGUACAUCAGCAUUCCAGACAGUUUGUGUUUAUGGUUUUUGCAGUGGCUGCAUUUACAGUAUAUGCUCUUUCAUCAGUGUUUUAACAGCAAUUUAUGUACGUAACUUUUGUGGCAGAUCUAUUAAAGUUAGUUAAACCAAGUCUUUUGGCAUUUAUUGCUCAGUUAGCUACCCGUCAACUAUAUUUUUAAGACUUUAUAAACAAAAUAUACUUGUGAUACAGUAUGUCAUGUAAAUAUGUUUAAAGUGAUCAUUUGCAUUACAUUUAUCCAAAGCUACUUACAAAAGAGGACAAUCGAAGCAAUCAAACUAACAAAAUACACAGCCACCACUGUGUGUAUAUAUAUAUAUAUAUAUAAGGGUUGUGAGUUCGAGUCUUGAGCAGACAGGAAGUGUGGGUGGGGGGGGUGUGCAUGUACAGUCCAGACCCUCCAGAAAAACGCAGAUUUUUUUUGUGAUUGUUGCGGGCAAAAAUCCUUGAUUUUGCGCCACGUUUUCUUAAAAAAUUCGAUUGAAUAUGCGGGAUAUUUUUGCAAUUUAUGCUAUGAAAUUGCAUGAACUUAAACUGCGGUUUGAUGUUUUGGCUACUACCUUAAUGUAAAGAGUAAUUUCUUAUUACUUCCUAUGAUAAGCGAGCAUACUAAAUCACAGAAUAUUUAAGUUGCAAUCUCUUACUGCAACGUAAAUUAUUUUACAUACAACUAAUAUAAUUACAAUUAAGUUUUUGGUACUGUUCUGUAACAAAAAAGUGCAAUCUUACAACUGUAAAGUUGCAUCAACUUCUGAAUGAAACUAAAACAGAGUUAGUAGCCUAGUGAGAAGGGGGUGUUGGGGGAAUCACCUUUUUUUUCUCUAUUUCAUCAAACCGCAGUUUUCGCAAGUUCUCGCAAUAUAAUUUGGCUCCACUGUCAUGUAACAAAUCGGGAAACUGCUUCGCGCUUUCUUUUGCGCUUAUUUUUGUUGGCAAAUAAGAAUGAUUUGCGCGCUUCAAGUUUCACCCUGGUUUCACCGCGAGGUUUGCAGAUGAUGUUCACGUCAUGUAAUUACGUCACUUCAUAAGUUUCCCAUGGCAAUAGGGGAAAAUGGCGCUUUACUUGUGUGAAGUAAACGCAACAUUUUUCAACUUUCUGCUAAUAUAUAUGUGAGUUUUUUUGCAACGAAAAUACAGGGAUUAUGAAAUCAUGCUAGCCCCGCAUAUUUUGCUUUCUGAAAUCGGUAAUUUAUGCGGCAAAAGAGCGGCAUAUUUGAAAAAGUGCGACCCCGCAUAAAUAUGCGGCCUUUGGCUGAUUAUGCAUUAAAUCAAGCGAUCGCAUAAUCACGUUUUUCUGGAGGGACUGUACAGUGCUCUCUCCACCCUCAAUACCAUGACUUGAAGCAUGAAUAGCUUAUACUGGCAUUACCAGAAGUAAGUUAAUGAUUCCAAGACUUUAUUCAUUAAAAAUGACUUAACAUUAUAAAGGAAGUAAGAGAAAAAU